GGGCCAUCAGUCUGUCCAGUCAGUGCAGCGGUCCCUGGAGUGCAAUACCCGCAUGCGCAGUGCCAUUAGGCUCGUCGGGUAUCCUAAAGAUCGUAAACCGAGAAGAUGAGCUUGAGCAGCCAGCACGGAACUCAUGCAUGAUUUCCGCUUACCUUUUGUUGUUUUUGCCAAAUUCGGGGUUCAUGUCGAAUUGUCCGGCAGUGUUGGAGAUCAACGGCUAUAGCGGCAAAAUACGGUAAUUUAAAGGUGUUGGGCAUCACAUUGCACCGGAUGUCAUUACACGCACCUAAAUCUCGAGAAGGUAUGUAGAUAUGUAUUUUUUCUCCAUUGUAAUGAAAUGGUUAAUACAUCAAUAAAAAAUCGUGUGCUUAGGCUAUCAGUCUUUAUAUAGGCCAUUUGUUGAGCAAAUUAGUGCACAACCUUGGAAAGUGUAGGCUUAGUCUUUUUUAAUUAGUCAUGAGCUGCUUUGAGGUAUUGAACCGUUACCUUCUGCUACCUUCAUUUUCUUUAUCUAUAGGUCUAUAGGUAGCCUAUGCAUUUUUUUGUAAGAAACAUUUCUCAGACAAUGCUCAGGGAAUUUCAUUACUUUUCUUCCCUACUCUUUCCCUACUCUCGCUUCCUAAAAAACGGUGAACAUCUAUGUGAGCAUGCAUGACAGAUGGCAAUAAUGUAGCCAGUAAAUGUACUUGGAAGGAAACUUGGUAGUAGGCUAGCACAUUGUUAGAAUAAGAUGGGUGGCACAUAGAAACGCACUGGAUACAGCCUAUAAAAUGUGUCUAUAAAGUGUUGAGACUAUUUUCAUUACAUUUUCCUACGAAUAGGUGUCCUACUAAUGUUUUUGUAUAAACUGUUAACCACAUUUUCCCUGUUCAAUCAACCACACUUUGACAAUACCCCAUGCACGGUGUGUGCGCAAAUAACCUUCAUAGGGGCUAGUUAUCGCAUUAAACGAUGCCCUGCGAAUGUAGGUCGUCCGGCAUUUGCACUUACAUCUAAGCUCGUAGAUCAAUUGGAUUUAAGCCUCUUGACCGCUCCGGCCGAAACCUGCUGACACACACGCCUCGGGUCUUUGUGUGCGCUCAUGCCGGUUUCCAUGCGCGACCGGGCCUAUACGCUGGGUGACGUUAUUUCUCCUCCCAUCCUCUCCUUUCCUCUUCCGUUUUGAAAACAAAACUAUACCCCCAUUGUCAGUGAAUGCAUGUGUUUUUUUCAGGGUCCCCGAAACUUCCCCAUACAUUUUUCACAAAUUCAUUAGGCCUAAAAUGAUCUAUAGGCACAUGAGAUGGUUCUAGUGUAUGGUUCUUUAGGGCAUGUUAGAAUAUGAAUAAUAUAAUAAUAACUUUAUUUGUAUAGUGCUUUUCAAUACAAGUAACAAAGUGCUUCAUGUCAUAAAAUAAUAAAAUAAAAGUACUAACAAAGAAACAAAAACAAGAGGAACAUCUUUAGGCCUUUGCAUUCUCAUCUGUGGUGACUUACACUUGUAUUGUAUAAAAACACCCCAAUCCAUUAUUGAACUGAUCCACUGAAUGAAUAAUAGAUUAAUAAAUGGACACCUGUUGUAAGGUGGAUAGGGGUAGGCCAAUGCUGCAAUUAUGUAAUGUUGUUCUCUGUAGCUCAUAUUUUAUGCAUCAACUCAAAUAAUGCUCGAGUGGCACACAUUUAUCAACAACUUUUUAGUGUUUUUUUAAUAAUCUUGUCUCAGAAUGGGUAACCAUAGGGAUGGGUAACCACACACAUAGACCUACAGCCAUGUGUGUGGAGACAGAGAGAGAGACCCUCUUAUGAACAUAGAUCCCUCAUCUCUUAUCCUCUGUAAUGAACUUAAACUGCUUUCACCAUGGCGACCGGCCGGCCAGGUCUCUCACAGGCCUCUAAUGCAUGUUAGCAUUAGCAGCAGCUAGCUAGCGCCUCGAACAGUGACAGCUGUGUAGUGGGGUGGGGAGGCACCCCGCCUUAUUAAUGGUUGGGCAAACACUGAUCAGUUGUUCAGUCCUCUUUUCGAUCUGUGCAAUUAGUGUGAGGCUGGAAAUAAACCCUUCACCAACAGUUUAGACCAGGGAAUGUUCUUACCUAUAGGUAUUGCAUGUGCAGAGUUUGGCAAACUCAGGUUUUGAACUUGAUGGGCACCAUGAAAAACUUAGUGCAGCACAUGGGGGAUGUGUGAAACCUACUCCUCAGCCUGAAGUGUCCCCACUUGCACCAGUGAAUAGCUAGCGUUUGGCGUGGUGCAGACUGGUAAGAAGCUUCAGUAGGGCGGUCACGUGUGCUAGCAAGGCAGAGGUCCUGGGUUCGAGCCUCGGUUUGAGCUGAAUCAGGAGAAAGUGGUACUCACUAAACAAGCAGCGUGAUGUCCUUUACAUUAGCACCAAAUGUUAUGUUAAGGUUUUCAAUGAGCUAAAGGGGCUAAUUACUUUUCUUGUCUAGCUUUCUUUUACGCUAACACACCUGUUCCUUUUCUAGAUUAACUAGCUUAAAAGUGAGCUCAAGUAGUCUGUCAUAAAGUUUCAACUCUAUCUCUCACUGCAGCAUAAGCAGGAUCAAAUCCAGACGCAGUCAUGGAAGCUGUCACCCACUUUAUGAAUGACACGGUAGAGUUCUACAGAUGGAGCCUUACUAUAGCAGGUGAGUUAGUGCUGAUCUCUCCUCUCUCACAUAUCAGGGACAGUCUGCUAAUGUAACCACACACACAUGCACACAAACCCAGGUACACCACACACACAUACAUAAUACUGUUGACUGUGUCAUGUGACUGUUAUAAUGUUAUUUUCCAUGUGUGUUUGACUAACCUAGAAAAAGUAUUCUUCUUUUCAUUUGUCUAACCUACACAGCACCCUCCAACAACACAUAAGCACUGUAACUCAUAUGGUUGUCCCUAUGUCUGCCUAUGCUGUGUGUGUGGGUCAAUCACCGUCUGAGCAUUCAAAUUGAAGAGAUAUUUAAAUAGCUUGUUCAAAUAACUAUUUUUACAAUACUCCAGUCCCACCUAUCUACACUACACUCUAUCUCAGUCUGUCUUCAGUUCAGUGUCAGUGUUACCUUCAAGCUACAUGCACUGUGUGUGUGUGUGUGCAAUGCAAUACGGAGCACGAGACUUGAGUAUACCCUCUAGACACCAUUGGUGCAACAUUAUGUCUUACAUUCAUACAUUACUUAGUCUUACAUUCAUACAUUAUGUAGUCAGACCACUUCUGACAUUACCCCUGUCCUCUCCUGUCCCUCUCCCAGACAAGCGGGUGGAGAAAUGGCCAAUGAUGUCAUCGCCCGCCCCCACCCUGGCCAUCAGCUGCCUGUACCUGCUCUUCCUGUGGGCGGGGCCUAAGUACAUGCAGAAUCGCGAGCCUUUCCAGCUAAGGAAGACCCUCAUAGUGUACAACUUCAGUAUGGUGAUACUCAACUUUUACAUCGCCAAAGAGGUAACCAGCUCCAUUCCUUUAGCAGCAACAAGUAAUUCAGGACAUGUUCCAUUUCGUUUCAAAAGCUGAAGAACAUAGGCACAUCCAGGUACUUUCCGCAGGUGCUGGUGUUGUAGCCAAAUUCGUGAAAAAAAGAAAGGAAAACGCUGCACACUGCUGCUCAUGCUCCCAGGUGAUAUUUAUUUAUAACAACAGUUCAUCAGGCAUCCAUAUCCCAGGUGGGGGUGGAAGGUCCUAUAUAUAGGGGCAGUACUCAGUGACAUCACUUCCUGAAACAGGAGGUAAAAAAUGUAUAACCUAGGUUCACAAUAUUAACAUUCAAUGUAUCAAAAUAUAUGAUCAUAUACAAGGAAUAUGAUCAAUAUUUACAGUAAUAUACAUACAAUAUUCAUACAAUGUUCUAUUAGGAUUUUAAAAAACACAAUUUGGACAUAUUGAAACUAUAAAAACGGUUUCAAGUCAAACUCCUCGUUAAGGCCAAGAGGAGAUAGUGUGUUGAGCCUGUGGAUCCAGAAAGAUUCCCUUUGAAGAAGUUUCCUCUCAAUGUCCCCUCCCCUGCGUGACAUCUUGACCAUUUCUAUUCCAAUGUAUCUCAGAGAACUAAUAGGAUGUCCAGCUUGUACAAAAUGAACAGCAACCAGAUAUUUUGUCUCACCUGUCCGUAUAUUGCUGCGGUAAUCACAGAUCUGUGUCUUAAGGCUUCUGCGGGUUUUCCCUAUGUAAGACAGACCACAAGGACAUUUCAACAUGUAAACAACAUUGGUGGACAUGCAGGUAAUCAGGCCUUUGAUCUUAAAUAUUUGUCCUGUGCGGGGGUGGGUAAAUGAGUUGCAUUUGUACGUGAAGCUGCAUUGAGCACAUUGGGCACAUUUGUAAUUACCCUCCAGAAUAUGGUCCAAGAAAGUUUCCCAUUUCGUUUCAGGCCAUGUUCUUUAUGAUUCCCAGUCCUUGUGUCAGUGUCUACAGAUUGGAAAGGGCUUUAAAGUUGAUAGCAGUAUGACACCUGCUCCAGUUAAUCUAUUGGUGGGCAAGGUGGAGACAUCACCAAAUGGCUGAUGUAGCAUGCCAUACACCAACCCUGCCUGAACUCAAUACCAUACAUCCACUACAGUUACAUCUAUAUAGUCUUUUUAGACUUGUAGGCACAGAGGACAUAGGGUCUAGCGCACAACUCCAGUCCUCGAUGGCUGCAGUCCUGGUGGUUUUCAUUUAUCCCUGGCAAUUGCUUCCACACCCCCAUUCACCCAAGUGUAAAUUGGUCUCUGCGGCCCUUGAGGACUGGUGUUGUGUCUAGAGGAAAGGGACUAUCCCUAACGUUAUGUACUUAACGUUGUGUCCCUAACAUUGUAUCCCUGUGGUCCUCAGCUCCUCCUGGGUGCGAGAGCAGCGGGAUACAGCUACCUAUGUCAACCUGUCAGCUAUUCCAACGACGUCAACGAAGUCAGGGUGAGCAAACAUGACACACUACAGAUGUACUAUCUUAAUUUGAUCACUCUGUUGCAGAUAAUUGUCCUGUGCAGCAGGAAAUGCAAACAUGUUUGUAUUCAAGUUUUAAAAAGGCUUCUAAAGUUUGUAAUUUCCACUUAAACAUUUCAGACUUGAUUUCCCAAACGAAAAAUGUAUCAACACCUACAAAAAUGUCCAUUAAUUAUCAUCCACAUAAUAAUUCACAUUUCCUAUUGCUGCAGCAUUAUUCUCCUGCUGUAAGAAACGGGUCAAAUUAAGAUAGUACAUCUGUACACUCUUUCCAUCGAUUUGGUGGAAAGACCAAGAGCUAGAGCUUGUCUGGUCAUUCUGUUCAUAAGCCAUCAAAGACCGGACAUGUUAGCCUUCUACCCUUUUAAUUGAUACAGGCUGGGUCUCUGUAUUUGAGGUGUAGAGUGAGGUCCAGCUUUAGCAGCAUGUGGUUCUCUGUAAGUCUAAGCAGCCGUGCUGUAAUCUUAUUGUUAGGUUAAGUAGACUAUCACUGUGUGUGUGUGUGUGUGUGUGUGUGUGCGCGCGUGCGUGCGUGUGCAAGAGAAAGAGAGAGGCGGAGAAUGUCAGAGAUAGAUCUAUGGUGAUUCCAGGACAGAGGGGGUGUGACCUUUAGCAUAAAGGGGAGGAGUUAUAAGGUCUCACCACUUCUGUCCCCGCCCAUGGCAUGAUGGCAUUACUGAGGGAUAAGAGUGACACUGUGGCACUCAGAUUCUCUCUGUGUGUCAAUUGCAAAGGGAUACGACAGAGAGAGUAUGUUGGGAAUGGAUAUGGAUAGGCUACUUUGUGGCUACUUUGUCCAAUAGAUAGUCUGACAUACAAGAGGUUGAGCUCUACUUUCCCUAUAGGGAACAAGCCAGCAACAAGCCUGAUACAUCCCUCAGUUAAUCUCAGGUAUCAGGUCUUACUGUACCAACCCAUAAUCAAGACACUUUCUCUAGCUGACCGCAGGCUAACCUGCCAUGUCAUUCAUCAAUGACCCCUUUCAUUGUCAUCACUGAUCCCCUAUGGACGGAGUUGACCCUAACAUUGUUGACUCUGACUUUAUAAUUAUGCAGAUGAUCCAAUCACCGUCUGAGCAUUCAAAUUGAAUAUAUUUUUUAAUAACGUGUGCAAAUAACUAUUUUUACAAUACUCCUGGUCCCAUCUAUCUACACUACACUCUAUCUCAGUCUGUCUUCUGUACAGUGUCAGUGUUACCUUACACUGAAAACUACACCUGUAGACUACGUGCACGUGUGGGUGUGUGUGUGUAUGUGCAUGUGGGUGUGUGCAUCUGGGUGUGAGUGUGUGUCCUUGAUGAAUACUUGUGUGGAUGAUGCAUGAUGAAGAGAGUGUGGGUGAAAAGCAAGGUGGCUAGCUUUUGGUCUCCAUAAUCCUAACCAGUGGUGGAAAAAGUACCGAAUUGUCAUACUUGAGUAAAAGUAUAGAUACCUUGAUAGAAAGUUACUCAAGUAAAAGUGAAAGUCACCCAGUAAAAUACUACUUGAGUAAAAGUCUAAAAGUAUUUAGUUGUAAAAAUACUUGGGGUCACUUAGAAAUGUCCUUGUUUUCCAUGAAAACAUACAUGAAAUGAGUUUGAAUAGGAAAUAUAGCAAAAUGCAUUGGAAAUGUAGUCAUGGCCAAGGUUAGAAAUAAUACUUUUUAAUAGAAAUAAUAAUUGUGUCCUUCAAACUUUGCUUUCGUCAAAGAAUCCUCCAUUUGCAGCAAUUAUAGCCCUUUGGCAUUCUAGUUGUCAAUUUGUUGAGGUAAUAUGAAGAGAUUUUUUACAUUUUAGUCAUUUAGCAGACGCUCUUAUCUAAAGCGACUUACAGUUAGUGAGUGCAUAUAUUUUUCAUACUGGCCCCCAGCGGGAAUCGAACCCACAACCCUGACGUUACAAGCACCAUGCUCUACCAACUGAGCUACAGGAGGCCUGUAGCUUCCUGAAGCACCUCCCACAAGUUGGAUUGGCUUGAUGGGCACUUCUUACGUACCAUACGGUCAAGCUGCUCCCACAACAGCUCAAUAGGGUUGAGAUCCGGUGACUGUGCUGGCCACUCCAUUAUAGACAGAAUACCAGCUGAUUGCUUCUUCCCUAAAUAGUUCUUGCAUAGUUUGGAGCUGUGCUUUGGGUCAUUGUCCUGUUGUAGGAGGAAAUUGGCUCCAAUGAAGCGCCGUCUUCAAGAUCCCUUUUACCCUGUACAAAUCUCCCACUUUACCACCACCAAAGCACCCCCAGACCAUCACAUUGCCUCCACCAUGUUUGACAGAUGGCAUCAAGCACUCCUCCAGCAUCUUUUUAUUUGGUCUGCGUCUCACAAAUGUUAUUCUUUGUGAUCCGAACACCUCAAACUUCGAUUCAUCUGUCCAGUGUCUGUGUUCUUUUCUUUUUAUUGGCCAGUCUGAGAUAUGGCUUUUUCUAUCAUCAAAAUCGGAAAUAUCACAUUUACAUAUGUCAGACUGAGAUAUGUCUUUUUCUUUGCAACUCUGCCUAGAACGUCAGCAUCCCGGAGUCGACUCUUCACUGUUGACGUUGAAACUGGUGUUUUGCGGGUACUAUUUAAUGAAGCUGCAAGUUGAGGACCUGUGAGGUAUCUGUUUCUCAAACUAGACGCUCUAAUGUAUUUGUCCUCUUGCUCAGUUGUGCACCGGGGCCUCCCACUCCUCUUUCUAUUCUGGUUAGAGCCAGUUUGCGCUGUUCUGUGAAGGGAGUAGUACACUGCGUUGUACGAGAACUUCAGUUUCUUGGCAAUUUCUCGCAUGGAAUAGCAUUCAUUUCUCAGAACAAGAAUAGACUGACGAGUUUCAGAAGAAAGUUCUCUGUUUCUGGCCAUUUUGAUUCCGCAAUCGAACCCACAAUUGCUGAUACUCCAGAUACUGAACUAGUCUCAAGAAGGCCAGUUUUAUUGCUUCUUUAAUCAGCACAACAGUUUUCAGCUGUGCUAACAUAAUUGCAAAAGGGUUUUCUAAUGAUCAAUUAGCCUUUUAAAAUGAUAAACUUGGAUUAGCAAACACAACGUGCCAUUGGAACACAGGACUGAUGGUUGCUGAUAAUGGGCCUAUGUAGAUAUUCCAUUAAAAAUCAGCCGUUUCCAGCUACAAUAGCCAUUUACAACAUUAAUAAUGUCUACACUGUAUUUCUGAUCAAUUUGAUGUUAUUUUAAUGGACAAAAAAAUAUGUUUUUCUUUCGAAACAAGGACAUUUCUAAGUGACCCCAAACUUUUUAACGGUAGUGUAAGUAUCAAAAGUAAAUGUAAUUGCAAAAAUAUACUUAAGUAGUAAAAGUAUAAAUAAUUUUAAAUUCCUUAUAUUAAGCAAAGCAGACGGCACCAUUUUCUUGUUUUUAAAACGUAUGGAUAGCCAGGGGCACACUCCAACACUCAGACAUUAUUUACAAAAGAUGCAUUUGUGUUUAGUGAGUCUGCCAGGCCAGAGGCAGUAGGGAUGACCAUAAGUGCUUGAAUUUGACAAUUUUACUGUCCUGCUAAGCUUUCAAAAUGUAACAAGUACUUUUGGUUGUCAGGGAAAAUGUAUGGAGUAAAAAGUACAAUAUUUUCUUUAGGAAUGUAGUGAAGUACAAGUAAAAGUUGUCAAAAAUAUUAAUAGUAUAGCAAAGUACAGAGAUCCCAAAAAACUACUUAAGUAGUACUUUAAAGUAUUUUUACUUAAGUACUUUACACCACUGAUCCCAACCCAGUGGAAUCCAUAGAAUCCUCCAGAAUCCUCUUUAAAGUGUUUCAGGAAAUUGGGAAUCUUCAUUGUCUUUCAGACUUGAGUCUCUGAAACCAGAUGGUUUUGAGCACCAAUGAUGUAAUCUUGUGUUAAAGCUCACUCCCUCCCUCUUCCCAUUGACAGAUAGCGUCUGCUCUGUGGUGGUACUACAUCUCUAAGGGAGUGGAGUAUCUGGACACAGUGUUCUUCAUCCUGAGGAAGAAGAUCAACCAGGUCAGCUUCCUCCAUGUCUACCAUCACUGCACCAUGUUUAUCCUCUGGUGGAUCGGAAUCAAGUGGGUCCCUGGAGGACAAUGUGAGUACCUGGGGGGUACAUUGGGGUUAUGUGUGUGUGUGUGUUCGUGCAUUUGUGUAGGGUGGGUGAUUAAAUGUUCCCACCUGGAUACACCAGGUUAAUCUCUACCCUUCACUAUCAUACUGUUCUGACAUAGGAUGCUAGCCACUCAUAAGUAGCCUGACCUGUAUCCCCUUGGAAAUACAAAAUAUAUUUUAUAUUAGAGAUUCUUCAAAGAAUGUGCAAAGCUGUCAUCAAGGCAAAGGGUGGUUAUUUGAAGAAUCUCAAAUAUAACAUAUUUUGAUUUGUUUAACACUUUUGGUUACUGCAUGAUUCCAUAUGUGUUAUUUAAUAGUUUUGAUGUCUUCACUAUUAUUCUACAAUGUAAAAAUAAAGAAAAACCCUUGAAUGAGUAGGUGUGUGUGUGUCUAAACUUUUGACUGGUAGUGUACCUUUAUCCAUUAUCCCCCUCAGCGUUCUUCGGAGCAGGCAUAAACUCAUCCAUCCAUGUCCUGAUGUAUGGAUACUAUGGCCUGGCCGCCUUCGGACCCAAGAUCCAGAAAUUCCUCUGGUGGAAGAAAUACCUGACCAUUAUUCAGAUGGUAAGUCUCCCUCUUUCUGUGGCCAUAGCACAGAUGUUCAGGUAGUGUGUGAUUGAUACUGAAACACAUCUUUGCAUGUCAAAAUAUAUUUCAUUGUUUGGAGUGUGCAGUCUGACUCAUUCAUCAUGGAUUAUAUUGGGUUUAUUACAUUUGGAUUGAGCAUGUCAGGUCAGUUGUGUGUUUUGUGUACGUCACAGAUCCAGUUCCACGUGACCAUCGGCCAUGCCGGCCACUCCCUCUACACUGGCUGCCCAUUCCCUGCUUGGAUGCAGUGGGCCCUGAUUGGCUACGCCGUCACCUUCAUCAUCCUAUUCGGCAACUUUUACUACCAGACCUACAGACGCACCCCACGUUCUGCCCACAAGGUGGCCAAGCCCGUCACCAAUGGUGUCUCCAUGGCAACCAACGGCUACAACAAGCUACAGGAGGUAGAGGAAAAUGGGCAGAAGCAGCAGAAAAAGGGAAGAGCAAAGAGGGAG